AUGCGGUUGAGCCUAUUUGCAGCAGUUUUCGCCUUUGGAGCCGCUGCAUACGGUUCCAGCAGCGAUGAUGAUCUUGAUGAUUAUGUGUGUGAACAUUCUAAUUACAAGAUUCACUUGUUUUCCCAUUCUCCUCUGGUUAUCUAUAUCAAUGACUUUGUGACACCGUUUGAGAGCCGUCAUCUCCAGAAAAUCACAAACGGCACAUUUGCUCGUUCCAAUGUUAGCUCUCACGAAGGCGAUAUAGUUUCAUCCCAUCGUACGUCGCAUUCGACAACUGUCACGCCAGAUGCGGUAACACAGUGCAUCCAAGAACGUGCCCGGCAAUUCCAGGGCCUAGAUAUGCCGCAAACAUAUCUCGAGCCGAUACAGUUGGUCAAAUACGGGCUGGGUCAGCAGUACCACUCCCACAUGGACUGGUUCCCGGGCGACCUUGGCCAGCACAGAUCGGUGGCCGAAGGGGGAAAUCGUGUAAGCAGCUUUUUCACUUACAUCAAGGCUAGCGAUGAUAUCGUUGGAGGCGGGACAAACUUUCCACGCCUUCGGGCGCCUGCUGGAAAGCAAUGGUGCAAGGUUGUGGCAUGUGACGAACCGUGGGAGGCGGGAGUCACGUUCCGGCCUGUGGAGGGCAAUGCGAUUUUCUGGACAAAUCUGCUCGACGGCGGAGAAGGUGAUGAAAGAGUGUUGCAUGCUGGUCUUCCGGUAGAAAGAGGAGUCAAGCUCGGCAUGAAUAUAUGGACAAGACAAGGGCCAUUUAUGUAG